UCUCACUUUCGCUCUCUUGCCCCAGACGAAGUGGACUCUGCUGUAUUGUCGGCACCGUGUUUAAUUCCUAGCAAACAACCUCCGAAAAAAACCCGCAAACAUGACCAGGAAAUUCUUCGUUGGCGGAAACUGGAAGAUGAACGGCGACAAGAAAAGCCUCGGGGAACUCAUCCACACCAUGAACGCAGCCAAGGUGGACCCCAAUGUCGAGGUGGUGUGCGGCGCUCCGUCAAUCUACCUGGACUUUGCCAGGUCCAAGCUGGAUGCCAAGUUCGGCGUGGCUGCUCAGAACUGCUACAAAGUUCCCAAGGGUGCCUUCACUGGGGAGAUCAGCCCUGCGAUGAUCAAGGACUGUGGUGUGCACUGGGUGAUCCUGGGACACUCUGAGAGGCGCCACGUCUUUGGCGAGAGCGAUGAGCUCAUCGGUCAGAAGACAGCCCACGCUCUGGAGAACGGUCUCGGUGUGAUCGCCUGCAUUGGCGAGAAGCUUGACGAGAGAGAGGGCGGCAUCACAGAGAAGGUCGUCUUUGGUCAGACCAAGGUCAUCGCAGACAAUGUAAAGGACUGGAGCAAGGUCGUGCUUGCUUAUGAGCCUGUGUGGGCCAUUGGCACCGGCAAGACUGCCUCCCCACAGCAGGCUCAGGAGGUUCAUGACAAACUGAGGGGGUGGCUGAAGACCCAUGUAUCUGAGGCUGUUGCCAGCUCUGUGAGGAUCAUCUACGGAGGUUCUGUGACUGGUGCUACCUGUAAAGAGCUUGCCUCCCAGAAGGACGUCGACGGUUUCCUCGUGGGUGGAGCCUCCCUCAAGCCAGAGUUUAUCGAGAUCAUCAACGCCAAGGCAUAAAAACCCAGGCAGCAGCAAAAGUGACCAUGUCCAGAUCAGAGGCCAGCUCCAUUCAGAUGAUCCAGUUCCAUUAUCCCUCCCUCUCAGCAUCUCCCCUUCUUAUCCCAAGUAUU